AUGACUAACACAAAGGGAAAGAGGAGAGGUACCUGCUAUAUGUUCUUUAGGCCUUUUCGAAAACAUGGGUUUGUUCCUUUGGCCACAUACAUGCAAAUCUACAAGAAAGGUGAUAUUGUGGACAUCAAGGGAAUGGGCACUGUUCAAAAAGGAAUCCCCCACAAAUGUUACCGUGGCAAAACUGGAAGAGUCUACAAUGUUACCCAGCAUGCUGUUGGCAUUGUUGUAAACAAACAAGUUAAGGGCAAGAUUCUCGCCAAGAGAAUUAACAUACGCACUGAGCAUAUUAAACACUCAAAGAGCCAAGAUAGCUUCCUGAAGCUUGUGAAGGAAAAUGAUCAGAAAAAGGAAGCCAAAGAGAAAGGUACCUGGGUUCAACUGAAGCACAUUUUGUGA